GAGAUCGGGGACUCAGUUCGCCCAUGAGGCUUCGAACUCCCGGUUCGCACUCUGCCGUAUCAUCGUUUGACGUUCGAAUUUUCAUCGGCGAUCAAUCGCAAAAAAUCAGAAAAGUAGAAGCAGAAAAAAAAAAAAAAAAAGAAACCUUACGAGGAAAUGGAAAAAAAGUAAUCGCACCGAUGAGAAAAUUGUUGACCGUCUCUCGAAAAAAGGGGGUAGUUUUUUUUUCUUCAAAGGCAUGUGUCGGUCGUUUUUUAACGUUGGCUGAAGCAAAAAAUAAGCAUUUUCAAAAAUUCCACAGUUUCGGAGCUUCGAUCGAUUGCCGCAAUUGAUCUCGUCCUAUUUUUUUUUUUUCUUUUGCUUUCGUUCCGUUGUUGUUUUAAUUUUUUGAAACUCGAAACGCGUAAUUCAGCCGAGUGUAUUUAAUCCCCUUCGCGCGCGCUGCUUUUUACAGGCGCGAAUUUAACUAUUGCAGAAAAGGUGUGACGUAAUAUUUGUUAUAUACACAGUCAUCGGUACUUGACUUUGGGACAUUGAAAUUAAACGGGCGAGAGAGAUAGAGAGAGAGGGGAAGUAAUCGAGAAGAGAAGAAAAAAAAAAAAAAAAUACCAUGUGAACGUUAUGUGAUUUUUCUUGCAACUGGAAUUUUAAUUUAAACAUCAGUGAAGAUUAAAUGGCAGAGGAAAUGGCCUAGAAAAAGUAAUGUGCGUAAAACAGAUGUGAGAUUGUAAUAAUUCAAAUAAGAUGAAAUAAAAAAUGCUAAUUAUUGUCGCAUCAAGAUUUUAUUAAAGGGACAUUCAAUUGUAACCGGAAGUAAAUUUUCUUCACUUCCUUUUUCGCAUUUUCUCCAAAUCUCUUUUUCGGGCCAUAGACUACGUUUCUUUCACAUCUAUGUGCACGCAAACUGAUUUCCAAAGUUAUGAAGUACGUAUAAAGAAAAUUUUUAUCCACAAACAAAUAGCGUGGCUAAUAAGAAUUAACCCUUGUAAUGCGAGUUGAUGAAAUCGCAAGCUUUCAAAGUUUUCAAGCAGGUACUAUAUACAUAAGUAUUCGUGAGCUUUCGAGUUGUCGGGGAGGUUCGGUAGAAUAAAAUAAAGAAAAAAAAAAAAAGGAAGAAGCAGAAGAAGAAGAGAAACACACGAUAAAAUAAGAUAAAAUAUAAUGAAAUAAAGUGAAGAAUAAAAAAAAAAAAAAACAAAGCAAGAAACAUUUCGGUGGGGGGGGGGUAAAAAGUUGAAUUCGAGAUAAAGAAUUGGAGUAAAAUUGAGAAAGAAGAAAAACGAAGGAAAAAGAAACCGGGAGGACGUAUGUAUAGGUAUAUAUACACGUGCAACGCUUGAAUAAGAAAGGUUGAAAAUAAUGCGAAAAUAAAAGCCAGUGCAACCGGCCAAGUUAAACAAACUGAAAGAAAACUAAAUAAAUAAAAAUCGAAGAAUUUAUCCUGCAGCAUUAAACGUACGUACAGGAGGACGAAAUAAAAAUCCGCAUCGCUGCAGUGGACGGUAUAUAAGUAGAUAUAAGAGAAAGAAAAGAAAAGAAAAGAAGAGAAUAGAAAAGCAAAAUCGAAAAAAAAAGGGUAUAAACAAUGCGGUGGAUAUUAUGGUCGUGGACGGCGUUGUUGGUCGCGGCGACGACGCUACCCGCCGCGACGCCUUGGAAGACGGAUCGUAGUAAGCCAUGGCCAAGGUUAUACGGGGACAGAAUUCCAACGAGGGUUUUGAUACCCUCGAGUAAGAAAGUUCAAAAGAAGAUCGUUCUCUAUCACAACUUCUUCAGGACUCACGUGACACCCACCGCCGCAAACAUGUUGGCAAUGAAGUGGCACAGGGGCGCGGCGAGGGCAGCCCAACGUUGGGCCGAAAGUUGUUUAGCCCUGACUCAUGACAACGCGACCGGGCUUCACAUAGACGCUUUCGGGAGCUGCGGUCAAAAUAUUUUUAUCUCAACAGCUCAAGUACCAUGGUUUUUCGCGAUCAAGACGUGGUAUUUGGAGAAGGAGAUUUUCAAAUACGGAGCCGACGCACAAAAUGAUCUGAGUCAGGUAGGCCAUUACACGCAAAUGGUUUGGGCGCCGACCCACCGAGUCGGUUGCGGAUGGGCAAAAUGCCCCGGUACCAGAGGACCCCGUGGCAAACCGUACUUCAGUUACGUCUGCAAUUAUUGUCCCGCGGGUAACCACCCGGAAUAUCUCGGCACUCCUUACGUGGAGGGGCCACCCUGCAGUGGUUGCAAGGAUCAUUGUCGGUUGGGAAAACUCUGCAAGAACGCUUGUCCCUGGGCUGACUUAUGGGCGAAUUGUAGACAACUUAACGAAACCUGGCCAACUUGGUUGUGCGAUAGCGAUACGCAGCAGGGUGUCGAACGCCGGCAAUUUUGUCGAGCGACAUGCAAAUGUCGCGACAAAAUAGUUUGAACACGAUUCGUCCGUUAUCAUAAUUUUAAAAUCAAUUAAGUUUACGGAUAGCACAAUAUAUUAACAUAUGUAUGUAUAACGGUGAAUAUGAUAAUUCUGCAUAAAGUAAGUAAGAAAAAAAGUGAAUAUUAUACGAUCAAUCAGUAACAUUAAUAUUAAUGAUAACGAUAAAUCGGUAAGGGUAUGAUAUGAUAAAUGUAAUAGAGAUGAAGAAAUUGAAUUAAAGAUGACGAAACAUGAGAGGCAAUUAUUAUAUAUUAUUAUAAACAAAAAAAAAGAAAAAAAAAAAAAACAAGAAUCUAUAUAUAUUUCGUUUAGUCACUUUUUUAGGGACACGAGAGAAAUGAGAAAUUGUACAUAGGUAUAUACAUUAUAUAAAUGGAUAAAAUUUACGAAAGAGAAAAAUUAAAAUUCAAUCAUUCGCA